CUGAAAUAGAAAUUUUAUAGAUAAAACGAUGGAGAUAAAACUGUUUUAAAAUACUUUUAAAAAAAUGUUAAAAGAAUUUUAAUUCAAAUUAUAAAGGCAUUUGUAAAUUUUAUUAAAAUGCAAUGGUUGAAAUGAAAAGCGAUAGAAGAUAGGAACUGCAAAAAGGUGGUUCAGCAUGGGUUCAAUAUUUCGAACUCUUCUCAUUGUAGCAGUAACGUCAUUUGUAGCAAUUGGUUUAGCAUGUCUGAUAGUUGGUGCUGUUGGUAAUUCUUGGUGGAAAUAUAUUACUAUCGAUACCGAUAUAGGAUUAUGGAGCAUCACAUCUGGAAAGAACGUUUUUUAUAGAACAAAUAUUUUAAAGUUUCAUGCUGAUCUUGAGGAUCCAAGAGCUGUGGAAAAAGAUAUAAUUUUAAUUUUGAUUAUCAUUGGAGGGGGAUUUGCUCUGUUUUCUAUAUGCAGUGUAUUGUUUUUACUCUGUUGUUUUCAAAACAGAGCAUAUUGGUUGUGCGGUAGCGCAGUACUAAUUGUAACCACAUUUAUGGCUGGAGGAUGUAGUUUAGCAGCAAUUAUUUUUGCCGAAAUCAAUUUUAAAUUGUAUUGGAAACAAUCAGAAUACGGAUACUCGGCUAUUUUUACUUGGGUUGGUUCAGGGUCGUGUGUAAUUGCAUUCAUAUUUUCAUUUUUUACAUUUUGUGUUACACCGUCAAAUGAAUAUUUUACUCAUGCCUAUAACCAAAGUAGCUUAACAUACGUUCGUGAAAAGGAAUUGCAAAUGGACAAUAUAGGUUAUGACGCGUCUGGUAUGCCUGAUUCUUGAGAUAUUUUUUUAAAAAUAAUUUAUAAAUAUUAUAUAUAAUUUAUAAAUUUAUAAAUUUUAUAAAUAAAUUUGUUUGUGUAAAUAAUUAGAUCUACUUUAAAAACUUUAAAUUUUUAAAUAAGCUUGUCCGUUUUUGUCAUUAUUUUAUGCGCUUCUUUUGGCUUAUUGAAGAUGAAAAAAAAUAAACAUUUUUAGUUGCAA